AUGUCUGAGAAGCGACCGGCAACUGGCGACCCGAGUGGGGGACAGCUGGUGGUGAAGCGACAGAAUGUUGGCACGAGUCGAGCUCUUACCCGUCAGGGCGCGUCGGGGGGCGGUGCACUUAUCCAGACAGCUCCUCGGACGAGCGCGUUACAAGCCCCACUGAUGGAGCUAUCAGGACACUCGGGAGAGGUCUUCGCAGCCAAAUUUGACCCAACGGGGAACCUUAUCGCAUCGGGGUCGAUGGACAGGACAAUAAUGCUCUGGCGAACCUACGGCGAUUGCGAGAAUUACGGCGUACUGAGUGGGCACCGCGGAGCCAUCCUCGACUUGCAAUGGUCACGCGACUCUGAUAUUCUCUUCACUGCCUCCGCCGAUACACACCUCGCGAGUUGGGACUUGACAUCCGGCGAGAGGAUACGACGCUACGUCGGCCAUGAAGAGAUCGUCAACGCGAUGGACAUCAGCCGACGCGGCGAGGAAUUGCUCAUCAGUGGAAGCGACGAUGGAACGAUCGGGAUAUGGGACCCGCGCACAAAGAACGCGGUCGACUACAUCGAGACCGAGUUCCCCAUCACCGCAGUGGCUAUAUCAGAGGCUGGGAAUGAGAUCUACUCGGGCGGCAUCGACAACGACAUCAAGGUGUGGGAUAUCCGGAAGAAGACCCUCGUGCACUCGAUGUUGGGCCACACCGACACCGUGACAUCAUUACGCGUGUCACCCGAUGGUCAGCAGCUGCUGUCGUAUGCGAUGGACUCGACGGCGCGGACGUGGGAUAUUCGGCCCUUCGCGCCGGCUGAGCGGCACAUCCGAACGUUUGAUGGCGCGCCGUUGGGGCUUGAGAAGAAUUUGAUUCGUGGGAGCUGGGAUUCCGAUGGGAAGAAGAUUGGUGUUGGGGCUGGUGAUGGCACAGUGGUGGUUUGGGGGAGUGAUUCCGGGAAGCUGCUCUACAAAUUGCCUGGACACAAGGGAACAGUGAACUGCGCCGAGUUUGCGCCUGGCGACGCUCCACUCAUCCUUUCUGCGUCGUCCGACAAGACGAUGUUGCUUGGCGAGCUAAAAUGA